CCGUCCUCUUUUUUUUACUACUUCACUUAUACUUCGCAGCUGAUAAAUUCCGAACUUUGUUCAUGCCUUUGCGGAUUCCACCAUCUCGCAACACCUGUCUUACCCUCCAUAUGUUAUGAAGGGUUCUAAAUCUACCUGCUUGCUAUGUCGCCACCUAGCAGCAAAUUCAGGUGGCGCAACAUCACAGACAACGAAAUGGCAAACCCAGGCGUCGCGAUUUUACACCAACAACGCCACCCUGCGAAGCGAUGACCCGAGCAACGCUUCACCAACUCCGACGUCCAAUGCCUCCAAUGCGCCUCCCCCUACAGAGGCCGCCGAAACCCAACCACAGCUGGGCAAGGUUCGAAGAGUGGUGCAGGGUAACCAAAAGACCAUCUUGAAUACAAAUUGGUCUCCCGUUAAAAUCAAAAAGAUUCCAGUCAACAACAACUCUGCUCGGGUAGACGCCUUGUUCCAGCAGAUCGUCCGUCAGCAAACUACAAACAAAUAUGGCCCAACUGGCACCCAACAGACAAGCCCUAAUAUGGACUUAGCUCUCGUCCAGGCCAUUGGGAAGCUAGAACUCAUGAUUGGAAAUGGCAAGCCCGUGGCAGAUGCGUAUGCCUACCUCAUCACACAAAUAUAUCCUCUACUCCAAGAGCCGCAUAUAACCAUACCCAAGGUUUUCUAUACGGUAGUGUCUAAGUUGUUGGAUAGAGUCGUUGCUGCUAAAAAGAAGUCGAUUCGCUCGCCUGACCUACCUGCAGUUUCCGACAUCUUCCGAGUUUACACGGAUAUUGGUGAAAUGAAGCCUCAGCGAUGGGCUGCACUCGUGGCGGAUUUAGUCCGGACGAUCAUAGAGAUAGAUCCAUCUGCUGAGGAGGAAGACUCCGCCAUAGCUAGAGCUGACCUCCUUGCCCGCGAUGACCUACUCAACGAUCUUGUCGAAUCAUGGAAAGUCUUGUCUUUGCCUCAAUCCGUACCCGUAAUGCAUGGUAACGAGUUAAUGGACGGGUUCUGGUUUCCAAAAAUCGACAACUUUGCUUUGAGGAAAUUUUCCGGUCGAGGAGACUUCCCUGCGGCUUUGAGUAGUAUUUUCCCCCAAUAUCACCCGAACCUGCUCGGCACCCCCGUGGCUAUCUUAGCUAUCGCUACGUAUGCUUUGUUGCUUGAUCCCGAGCGAAGUAACCUCGAAGCUAGACGAAAUGCUGCUCGUUUCGUCUCCAAAAUAGCCUAUCUUAUCACAUUUGUCAAUUUCCAAGACGCCGGCUUGCUGGAAGGGAUCUCACAUACUUUUCCCGAGCUUAAAACUUAUAUAAUGUAUCGAUGGCCUGACAUCAAACAGCAGCUAAAACUCAAGCUUGAGACAAUUGCGUCUGAUGGAAACGUAGAGCCUAAUAGAUCCCCACACCCGACUAAAGCUGGUUCGAUCAAUAUCUCUCGUGUAGGAUACCGCCUCAAGCGUGCAUUCCUAACUCGUAACAUACACGAGGUGAACGGGACCUGGCUGGAGUUUAUAGGGCACGGAAACCGCAUUACUUUGGAGAGAGCUUCUGAAAUGCGAGAGUAUCCUGAUAUCUUCAACCAGUUUAUUCAUGCCCGGAUGGCUCUGGAUCAGCCUGACGAGGCCGUCAAUGCGCUAAAUACCAUGCGCGAAGUCGGCCUUAGGCCCACUAUGAAGACGUGGAAUAGCAUGCUUACUGGCUGCAGGAAAGCUCGUAACGCCGUUGCCCUCAACGCCGUGUGGGCGAAACUUGUGAGCUCCGGGGUGAAGCUGGAUACCAAAAUAUGGACCACUCGUAUAUCCGGCCUCAUCGAAUGCGGUGACGCCGAGGCCGGAAUCAGGGCCUUGCAAGAAAUGUCGAGAUUGUGGGAUGAAAGCUCGAAAGAUGAGCAUAGCACAGCUGUCGAGCCGACUAUAGAACCGGUCAAUGCUGCCCUCCUUGGUCUAGUACGUACGGAUCAAGUCUCCGCUGCCGAAAGUCUCCUGCAAUGGGCGGAUCGGCAAGGUAUCAAACCUGAUGUCUUCACAUAUAACACAUUAUUACGCCGCUCUGUUCGGGAUGGCAGGGAUGAGGAUGUGCAACGGCUAUUUGCCGCGAUGCAAGAGGCUAACGUAGCUGCCGACGAAGCGACAUUUACGAUAAUACUGGACGGGGCAUUCACUAGAAUAGAUCCGGAUGCCGUAGAAGAGCAAGCGAGGGUAGUGUCAGAUAUGCUCGACCACAUGCACGAGAUCGGAUUAGAGCCGAACCUGCAGACCUACGCCAAGAUAAUUUAUAACCUUCUCCAAGGAGGUGACCGGGCUACUAAGCCUAUCAAAUCCGUGCUGGCUCACCUAUGGAGCCACGGCCUGGAGCUCUCGCCGCACAUCUACACGAUGCUAGUGGAGCACUACUUCUCGUGCGGUCCGCCGGACGUAGAAUCUGUCGACGCGCUACUGCAACGCCGUACCGCGCUUAACUACGACAGCGUAGAAGAUAACAUCCUAUACGACCGCAUCAUUAAGGGCUACGCCCUGGCCGGUCAGCCCUUGAAGGCUCUCGACUAUUACUACAAACUUAGCCAGAUCGGCGUUCCCGUUAUCCUGCCUACGCAGGUGGAGCUACUGCGUGCGUUACUUCGCGACGGCCACGUCCAAGCGGCGCGCGAGAUGGCUGCCAACACCAAGACGAUGUUCGAGGAGUCGAACCGUGCCAAGGACGAGGUCGAAAGCGCCAAAUUCUGGGGCCAUCGGUUCUGGUAUAUAGUUUUCUCGAACGGCCUCCUCGAGGGCAGAGACGCCAUGGAGCCUUGGGCUAGACGGGCUUCUUCUCACUGGGCUGGUGAUUACGUUUAGCUUAGAAGCCGCGUAUAUAGUGUACAUAUAUAAAUAAUUAUUCUCCAUGAAUGAAUGAUCAAGCAAAUGUAUAUUCAAGGUAUAUAUACCUUAUAUACGGGAGGCGUGGCGUGAAGACUUUCUCGAAAAUCAUGUUUGCGCGUAUCAGUAGAUUAAUGCACGAAUU